GGCCCGCCGAGUCACUGCUCCUUUUGCGAAUCCGUGCAUGGUACGGAAGGCUCCUCUGUUCCCCCUGCUACGAAGCAUCCCGCGCCCGGCCAAGCUCAGAUUACGGCUUUGCAGCGGUAGAAGGAGAAGAGGACACGGGCCCGCUGUUUUUUCCGUGUUUUGGAGCGUACCCAAUAAUUGCCAUUGAUUGAAUUCUGUAUAUAUAGGCCCCAAGUUUGCAUCUUUUUCCCCAUUAGUAUUUGCUCUGCUUUGUCUCCUGCGCGCUUGCGCCUUAUGUUGGGCUCUUUAGAUGAUUUCUGUAAGCGAGACUGUGAGCUAUCGCGGGUUUCUCGAACUGGGGUUUCUCGAUCAUGUCGCAGAAGAGGCAGCAAGAGGAUGGCAAGGCUCGAUCAGAUGGGAGUUUUCCCGAUGAUAAGCGGAGACGAAUACCCACCUUGAAGAAUGUGGUUCUUGAAGUGAUGAAGAUGCAACCUGUUCAGCAUCUGCUGGAGCCAAUUCUAGAGCCUUUAAUUCGAAAAGUGGUUAAAGAGGAAGUUGAUAUUGCCUUGAAAAAGUACAUGAAUUCCAUGAAAAGGAGUUAUGAGAAAGAGGUACAUCAUUUUGAAACAAGAAGCUUACAAUUGCAGUUUAUGAGCAGUCUCUCUCUACCUGUCUUUACUGGUGCCAGAAUUGAGGGGGAAGAAUGUUCCGCUGUGAAAAUAGCUCUAGUUGAUGCUCUUAGUGGACAGAUCGUUGAUUCUGGGCCUGAGUCAUUGGCCAAGGUUGAAAUUGUAGUUCUGGAGGGUGACUUUGACAGCGAUGAGACCGAGAAUUGGACUGUUGAAGAAUUCAAGAACAACAUUGUCAGAGAAAGGGAAGGAAAGAAGCCUCUUCUUACAGGAGAACCAAUUCUCAAUCUUAAAGAUGGUGUCUGUUCUUUGGGCGAGAUUGCUUUCACUGAUAAUUCAAGCUGGACUAGGAGCCGUAGAUUCAGAAUAGGGGCACGAGUUAUAGAUAACUUUGAUGGGAUCAGAAUAAGGGAAGCAAGGACUGAAUCCUUCAUUGUCAGGGAUCACCGUGGAGAAUUGUACAAGAAGCACCACCCUCCCUCCUUGCUUGAUGAAGUAUGGAGAUUGGAAAAGAUCGGGAAAGAUGGAGCUUUCCACAAACGCCUCAGUCGGGAAAACAUCCAAACUGUGAAGGAUUUUCUGACACUGCUACACAUCGACCCUUCAAGGCUCAGAUAUAUUCUCGGCACUGGUAUGUCUGCUAAGAUGUGGGAAGUUACCAUAGAGCAUGCGCGUACGUGUGUGAUUGAUAAAAGGGUGUAUCUAUACUGCCCUCCCACCUCUCAGCUGAAAACUGGUGUCGUCUUCAAUCUUGUGGGAGAAGUGAUGGGAUUACUUUCAGAUUGUCAGUACGUUCCUAUUGAAAAGCUCUCUGAAGCUGAGAAGGUGGAUGCCCACGACUUGGUUAUUUCUGCCUUUCAGCACUGGGGGGAGGUAGUUUCUUUUGACGAAGAAGCAUAUCUCAUCGCUGGCUCUUCACAUGUAUCAAGUGCUCCAUGCAACUCGAGCUCUCCAAAGACCGAGGGUUCAAACACUUGCAGGUUCUUGUCCUGUGAAAGGAUAAGUGGAUUAGACUAUGCCCAACCAAAUGCAUCUUCCCCAGAUAUUAUGUCAUCCAUCUACUCCACGGUGGAUGUUAGUGGCUUAGAUGACUAUACAUUGCAUGGACUAGAGAACAUGGGUCUUAGAUACGAUCAAACCCUAAGUUUCCCCAGUCAAGUUGCCAACUCCAUGAUUUGUGAUGCGAGGUCUAUGAGCCAAGAUUUCUUUGAUGAGGAUCAUCUGCGAUUUUUCGACUCUGAUUGUCCCCUUCCAGCUCAGAGCACGAAUUUCGAAUCACAGGCUGAUCUGCAAUGUGCUGUGAGUGAGUUUCUGCUGAAGCCUUCAGCUGUUGCCAUAGCCAAUGCUCAGAAGAGAUGGAAGAAAUUAUUUAGUGUGUUGAAGUGGUUCUGGGUUAGAAAGAUUGUUGUAAUGAGAAGAACUCGUCAACGGGAAAUUCAGAGAUGGUAAAGUCUUGGUGAAUGGAGGAUUGGUCAUGUUCCCAGAUAUUGCGACGCCAGAGCUGCCCCACUAAUUUUGUUGCGCACAUUUUUUUCCCCUAAAUGUUGGAGUUUCAAAUCAAUUUUUGUGCGCACUUUUAAGUAGUGGGAAAGUCAGGUCUCUUGAUCAGCUGUACAGCUAAUGGCUGAGUGGAUAGCAUCUAUUUUCCAUAAAUCAAGAUUGCGUCUUAUAUCUGAGUAUAUUGUACGAGUAUGUAGGUAAUCGUUUAGAAGACUUGUGCAAUUUUGCUUGCAGUGGUUGAUUUCCACAGAUCUUGUAAAUGACAAGUUUCUUGA